AUGUAAAAUCAAAUCAUAAAAUAUAAAUAUUGUAGAAAUUUUAUCAAUGUUAAUUCUGAAAAAAAGAACUUUAUCUUAGACAAUAGAGCGGCAAAAAUGGCUGAUAGACGUAAAGUGGGCAGUGAUCUGCUUGGCCAUUGCACAACUCUUCAAAGAGCUGUUCCAGUUGAUCACACGUCGACUACGGUACAUCACGUAUGACAAUGCCAUCGAGUGCUUCGUUUACUCGUCAGCCAUUGUCGUAGUUAUGGACUUGUCUCCCUGUUCGGACGCAACUGGAUUAAGGAUGGUUGCUGAGCCGUCAUCCAAGUUCUACUAUCUUCAUUGGAUGAGGUCAGCAAUUCGCGGUUUCUCUUUCUUUGGAUGUUGGGAAGAGGGUGAAAAUCGGUACGUAUACAUUCCUUUACUUCACGCAAUUCCACACAAAAAUCCCUUUCAGCCUGAGUUCUCAUCUGUGCCCUCGGCUGUACUGAAAACUGCCGUGAUGAUGAUUGGUGAGCUGGAGUUCACCGCAAUAUUUCAUGGAGAUGUGCAUGUGCAUCCGGAAAGACUAUUUGGUCCAGCUAUUGCCUAUCCACUAUUUCUAUUCUUUUGCGUUAUAAUGACGAUACUUCUAAUGAACUUAUUGGUAUGCAUAUUCUAA